AUGGCGCUGGCAGCGGCGGCAGCGGCAGCGGCCGCUGGGGUGAGCCAGGCGGCUGUGCUGGGCUUUCUGCAGGAGCGUGGGGGCAAGGUACGCAAUUCGGAGCUCCUGAGCCGCUUCAAGCCACUGCUGGACGCAGGAGACCCGGGCGGCCGGGCCGCCCGCAGGGACCGGUUCAAGCAAUUUGUCAACGAUGUUGCGGUGGUAAAAGAGCUGGAUGGGGUCAAGUUCGUGGUGCUGCGCAAGAAGCUGCGGACCUCCUGUCCGCCGCGGCCAGCACCCCCGACGCCGUCAGUAGGCGCAGGGACUUCUCUCCUCGAGGACCCGCCAACCUCCGCGGCCCAGGAGCUGGCCGCUGGCCCCGAGACUGAGCCGCCCCUGCAAAAGCUCUCGGACCCAGAUGCCGACCAGGAGCAUGGGUCCCCAUCCCCGCUGUCGGAAGAAGGGCCCCAGUCUCCAUCUGGGCUCGGGGCUCUGGCUCUAGCCCAGGAAGAAGGAGCCGCUGACGCCAUCCCCGCUUCCCUGGCCCCUGCUCCAGCCCUGCCUUCUAGGGACAUGCCCGCGGCCCUUCCACAGACUCCUGCUGCGCCAGAGGAGCAGCCCCCGCUCAUGCCUCGGAAGCCUUGCAUGCUACCAGUGCGCUGUGUCCCGUCGGUGGUCCGGAUCCGGGCUGAGGAGCAAGGUCUGCGACGACAGCUGUCGGAAGAGCCGGCGGUGGCAGCUUCGUCCCUGCUGCUUGUUCCCGGGGACUCCCCGAGGCUGCGGCGGCGACUCUCGGUGGAGGAGCCGGGCCUCGCGCUGGGGGGUCGGUCCCCUCACCUCCGGCGCCUGUCUCGGGCCGGCCCGCGCCUGCUGAGCCCCGAGGCUGAGGAGUCGCUCUCUGCCAUCCCGCAGCCGCCACCCACCGUGCCCUUGGAGCCAGCCGAGCACGAGUGGCUGGUGAGGGCGGCCAGCGGCCGCUGGACUCACCAGCUGCACGGGCUGCUGCUGCGGGAUCGGAGUCUGGCGGCCAAACGCGACUUCAUGUCGGGAUUCACAGCCCUGCACUGGGCCGCCAAGAGUGGUGACCGAGAGAUGGCGCUGCAGCUGGUGGAAGUAGCGCGCCGCGGCGGGGCGCCCGUCGACGUGAACGCCCGUUCGCACGGCGGUUACACCCCUUUGCACCUGGCUGCCCUUCACGGCCACGAAGACGCCGCCAUCCUGCUGGUGGAGCGCCUUGGAGCGCAGGUGCGAGUCCGCGACCACAGCGGGCGUCGGGCCUACCAGUACUUGCGGCCUGGCGCCUCGUACGCCCUUCGUUUGUUGCUAGGUGACCCUGCCCUUCGAGGCCCCACAGAGCAUGGCGGCUCAGCCAAGAGGCCUGUGCAGGUGGCUGCCUCCAUUCUUAGCUCCACUACUAGCGCCUUCCUGGGUGUGCUGGCUGAUGACCUGAUGCUGCAGGACCUUGCCCGUGGCAUCAGGAAAUCUGGCUCCUUUAGUAAGUUUCUGGGACCCUCCCCCCUGGUGCCUCGCAAGAAGGCCAAGGCCAGACCUGGCCUCCCCACCUUCCCUUCUGCUUCUGCCCAGGCCUCCACCACAGGGUCCAAGCGUUGGCCAGGCACUGACCUCUUCCAAGGCCAUUAGCCAGCCUUGGAUCACAAGCACAGUGUGACUACUAAUUCCCAGCCUGCCACCCCUCAGCUUGGGC